AUGUCUUCCUCAGAUAUUGAAAAAGGAGAGUUGGAUGAUAAAGAUGCCAAUGUCUCUAAAAUUGAACCUGUCAACUCUUUCACAAGGGAUAACAUUGGCAAAAAAAAUCUUAUUACUACCUUCACAUCCCCUACUGGUAGGGUGAUCAGUGUUACAGGGGAUGUCGACGAAGCAAUGAAAAUUGCAAUAGACAUCGAUGAUAUCACUUAUGAUAAAAGCCAGGACAAGAAACUCUUCAGGAAGGUUAAUUUGUAUCUCCUUCCCUUGAUUUGCAUUCUUUAUUCUUGCCAAUUUAUGGACAAAGUUAGUACCUCUUACGCAGCCGUUAUGGGAUUCCGUGAUGCUUUCAAUAUGGUUGGCGAUAUGUACUCUUGGUGUGGAACUGCCUUCUAUCUUGGGUAUUUAUUCUUUGAAUUUCCUGCAAAUACGCUUAUUCAACGUUUCCCUCUUGCUAAGGUCACUGCAGCAUUCAUCAUGCUUUGGGGUAUGAUUUUAUGUCUACACUCCGCUUGCAAGUCAUAUGCCGCAAUUAUUGUGUUGCGUGUCAUCCUCGGAAUCUUAGAAUCUGCAGUUACUCCAGCAAUGGUCAUCAUAACAGGGCAAUGGUAUAGAAAAGAGGAGCAAAUGUUUAUUACAUCUAUUUGGUUCUCUUUCAAUGGCCUAGGCACCAUUAUGGGUGGUGCCAUUGCAUAUGGUUUAGCAUCGCGUAGUGAAUCAUACAGUAUCGCUUCGUGGAAAAUACUCUUUAUUGUGACUGGUUUAAUGACUCUGUUUGUCGGAGUUUGUUUCCUUUUCCACAUUCCAGACGACCCCUCAAAGGCUUGGUUCCUAAACGAUCAAGAAAAGAAGUUAAUUGUUUUGCGGAUAAAAAAUAACCAGCAAGGCUUUGGAAAUAAGCAUUUCAAACUGAAUCAGUUCAAGGAAGCACUCACAGAUGUGCAGACCUGGUUAUUCUUUGCAUUCGCUUUGGCAUCAAACAUCCCUAACGGAUCCUUGACUAACUUUGGAAGUAUUCUUCUAAAUACUGAUUUUGGAUAUAGUUCAGAGGAUUCAUUAUUAAUGAACAUGCCUUGCGGAGCAGUUGAAUUGGUUGGAUGUAUGGCUCUUGCUUACUUUAGUCAGAAGCAUUCCCGUUUGCUCAUAUCUUUGAUUUCUAUGAUUAUAGCGUUAAUAUGCGCAUGCCUAUUAUCUUUCGCCGGAAGUAAGACUGCUCGUCUUGUCGGUUAUUAUGUCCAGUUCGUUUAUCCAGUGACUAUGAUCUGCUCUCUAUCUUGCUUCUCGUCUAAUACAGCUGGUCACACAAAGAAGAUUACCACCAACGCCAUAUAUUUGAUAGGAUAUUGUGUUGGAAAUCUUAUUGGUCCCCAAACUUUUAUUGCAAAGCAAGCUCCUUCAUACACAGGUGGAAAAAUUAGUAUUGUCGUGUGUGAUUGCAUUUCGUUGAUUAUCAUCUGUUUGAACUAUUUGGUUUAUUGGAACAGAAAUAGAGUUAGGAAUAAAAACAAAGAGGUUGACGAAGCUCAGGCAUCCGUUGCUCACCUCGAGAAUUAUCAAUUUGCGGAUAUGACGGAUAAGGAAAAUCCAUACUUCAGGUAUUGUCUAUGA